GGGGCGGGGCGGCAGCGCUCAGAGGGUGCGCGGAGGCGGCGGGAGCGGAGCUGGCGAAGGGACGCACCGAGGAGCGGGAGACGCCACCUUUCGCUUCGCCGCCGCCAUGGGCCGGGUACUCGCGCUCCCCCUCACCGCCCUCUGCCUGGCCUGCCUCAGCGGGCUGGCCGCGGGGGCCGCGCAGAGGGCUGCCGACGGCGUCGAGGUCGUUGGUAUUUGUGAAAACAUUUCUGACUGCAGUUCAUGUAUUGACAAUGAUACAAAUGUAGCCGUCUGCAAGUGGAUCACAUGUGAAAGAGAAAGCAUGUGUGUAAAUGAAACAGAAGUAGUUUUGAAGAAUCAGAGCUGUACAGCUGUAGAACAAUGUUCUUCUCCUACAGAUGUUCCUCCUUCCAGUGCUACUACGCUGUCUUCCAAUACUACUACACCACCUGCCAAUAGUACCACAGCAUCUUCCAAUACUACCACAGCCAGUCCUGCUACCACAGCUCAUACUACUAUAGCUAACAUCACCAACGUAACUACACAUGCUGCCAUUACUUCAGCUACUACAACACCCAGUAUUCCAGGUACGAAUGCUACUGUGACUCCUGCACCUUCUCCACGCAAAUCUACAUUUGAUGCUGCGAGUUUCAUAGGUGGAAUUGUCCUUGUUCUGGGUCUGCAGGCUGUUGUUUUCUUUCUGUACAAAUUCUGCAAGUCGAAAGACCGAAACUAUCAUACACUUUAGAACCUGCCACUUUAUAAUGGACUAGUAGCCCAACACCUGUAGUUCACUGAACCAAAAUAUUUUCUGUUGCUCAUGGAAGACAGCAGUUCAUAAUUUCCUUUCAAUCUUUAAAAGAAGACUUUAAAAGAAUAUUUUUGCAACAUUAUACUUGGUAAGAGGUGAUAUGAAUCUCUUCAACAGGAUUACUUGCAAUAUGCUGCAUGGGUUUUAAUGGCUGUCUUACUUUCCUUUAGUGGCUGCUGCUGUGGGACUUUUUUUUUUUUUAAUAUGCCAAAAGUAGACAUUCAGAGAUUCUUAUUCAGUGGCGACACUGUCUUGAGUAGACAAUCUCAUGAUGACUUGUUGUGACAGCUAAUUUAAUCAACAUUUGAUACAGUAUCCCUUUGGUUUUAUCAGGAUGUGAAUUAUUGGUGAUUGACUUCAGGGAGUGAAAUGCCAUUUAUACUAGGUUAUGGCUCUUACAGCAUGCUGCUAGAAAGACGAACAAAAUUGUAGAAGUAGAUAAUGUCUUAACAGAAUAACAUAACCCAUAAACUUUUUUACACAAGAAUAGAGGUUGCCUGAUUAAAUACUGCAUUCCAAACUGAGAUCCUAUGUCCUUUCCAGGUAAUGUUGAGGCUGGAGAGGGGGAUGUAGGGAUUAUCCUUCUAAAGGGGAAAUGAAGAUUAGUGCCUUAAAGACUAGAAAUCAGUAGGCUAUAAAAGCAUCCCACCUAUUUAAAAAAUAAAUAAAACUGUUAAUACUGGCUUUAUAUAGGAGAAUGACUUGAGCAUUCCAGGUUAAAAACUUUUUACACUAAGUAGCUUACCUUUUGUUCUGGCCUACAAAGACCAACCAUAAAACUAGUGAUAAAAUUCAGUUCACUCCCUAUAUAAAAAGGCAACAACUUACAUUUAUACUUGAAAUACUGGUGUUUGGGCAAUCCUGGGGUUUUUCUUAAUCAAAUGGUUCUUAAACUUGUGGCAAUUAAUUUCAGGGUUUUGGUUUUGUGUUGGCUUUUUGUUGGUGUGUUGGUUUUGUUUUUUUUUUUUUACCCUUCUGUAUGUCUGCUUGCUGUAGGAGCAGUUAAGGGUAGUUAAGAUGAUCUGCUGAUUUGAUCCUGGUCAGGAUUGCUGUAGUCCUGGGACUGCCAGGGCUACAUCUUUUUUUUUUUUUUUUUUUUCUCUCUCCCUGCUUCCUGCCAUCAGGUUUGUGUCACCCUGCAAUAAAAUGGUUAAAGAAAUCUAUUCAGCCAAAUAGUAUUUUUCUUUUCUUUGGCUGGAUCAGCCGUGUGAUCUGAGUAUCAAAGGUAGGUCAUGUCCAAUGUAGACUGACUUGAACACCUGUGAAAAUAAACCCACAGGAAAAAUGGAGGUAAAGAUAAAAUUUGUGAAAAAAGUGGCAGAUGUAGAACAUAAUACAUAGCUUUUGAUAAUAUCCCUGAUCAUGAGUUUCAGGAUAAUCUGUAGUACUGUCUUACUGGCCCUGGCUUGGCUGGAAUUUGGCACCCAAUACAAAAUGAUAGCAUUAGUGCAGAUAAUAGUCACAGCAGUAGAACUUAAAUAUGAAGCAAAAAUAAGUGCACUUCAGUUGGAAACUUUAAAGUGCACAGUGUUGCCUUCUUGUGUUCUUCUAGUUUGGAUGGAAUUGUUUUUAUCGUGCUGCAUAGAAAACUCGAAUUCCUACAAAAUACAGAAGUUACUCACCAGUACUGUAUCUUUGAGUUCAUUAGUUUUGGGUUUUCUAAACAAAACUAAGACAAUCAGCUCAGGUUUAUUAAAACAGCAGAGUGAGUGGCCAGUUUCCAGCAACAGUAUGUGUGUGGGUUAGAUGGUAUAUCCUUGGCCUUAUUGUGAAAUCACAUAAUCUGUCCUUUCCCUAUCUCAGAACUAUUUUACUACAUUUAUUUGUUUAAAAAGAUACCCAUGAGCUUGUAUUCUGUGUUUUGAAGUGAGCAACGUACUUAAAGUGUGACAGUUCUUCAGCUCGGCAAAGAAAACUGUAUGCCUAGUAUAUAACUUUUUUUGCCCUCAAAGGGCUAUCUUUUGGGAAACUUGCAGGAAAGUGCUACAGAACACUUCAUAGCAUGGAAGGCAUUGCCACAAAAAGUUACUGCUCUGUUAAAUGUUGCUAAAAUGCUUGUCCUGAGUUAUGCUGAUAAUGAUUUAGGUUGCUGAUAAAGUAUGCUGGUAAAGCAAACUAAAAAUAAUUUUUAAAGUGCCUUAAAGUUGCUUAAUCUUUUGCCUCAAAUUUUGUUUAAAAGGGUAGAAGGGAUACCUUGCCUUAGUUACUGAAUUUUUCUUGGUGCCAGCAAUUGCUACUUUCCAAGUCUUUAGGAAACCCAGGAUCUCUGACAUGUACUGAUGCCAAUCUGAAAAACUCGAGCUUGUACUAUACCAAUUUAGUGACGUUCUGGAAGGCCUGCACUAUGCACCGCUUGCUCAUUAGCCUUGCCAACAAGGUAUAAUCCACAGUUUACAGAGUUGUAGCUAGGAUUGUUUUCCUUUCAGUUGUUUGGGGGGCGGGGAGGGAGGCUUGGUUAUAUGUCUUCAGCAUGUGCUUGGCUGCCUCACUAUAGGAAGUAAUUGCUCCUUUGUGAAACGGCAGUAUCAGCUGAUCUGUGCUGUGUACUUGCAAAAAAACCUGGAGUAACAACUUGCAGUUUUUCUUGGCCUUGUGUUUUGAAGUGGAAGGUAGCUCAUAGAUCUGUAGUUGUAUUUGCCCCUAAAUCAAUUUUAGGCACUGAACUGUAGUGACUCUUCAAGUUAUCUGGCUUUUUCUUGAAGCCAAAUUGUGCAAAUAUAAAGCUGUUAUCUUAUGAAUGUUCUCUGCAGGUGUUGCUGUAAAAGUUUGUAUUUUGUCCUCAGUGGAAGAAAACUGAAAUGGUUGUAAUCACAAAACCAAAUUGAUAAAUAAAAAUCAGUUGAAUGGAA